GGUGUCUUUUCUUUUGGUUUUCUAUCUUCCCAAUAUUGCUACAGUACUGCUACAGUAUCAUCGCUACAGUACUGGCGCUACAGUAACAGCGCUACAGUAACAGCGCUACAGUAUUUCUGCUACAGUAUUUUCAGCCUUUCUGUGAUUUCUCUUUGCUCCUCUGGUGCCGCUCGGACUGUCCUACUGUUGGUUGCUCGUAUCACUCGGUUCUUUCCUUGGUGCGGUCGAUCUUAUUUGUGGUGGAUCCUUAUCUUAAGGUAGUAAACAUGUCUUCUUCUACCUCAAAUUUGCCAAUUGUUAAUAUCAAAACUCUCAUACCACUAGAACUCACCGAUUCUACAUAUCUUGUGUGGAAACAAGUCUUUCUUAAUGUUCUAGAAAGUUUUGAUGUUACAAAACAUGUGGACGGAACUAGUGUUGUGCCUUCUCAGACUAUCGAUACUGCUGAUAAGAAGGAGGUUAUAAAUCCUGAAUAUGUGAGUUGGAAAAAGAACGAUACUACUAUACUUUCAUGGAUUAAUGCCACUUUAUCUCUUAGCAUAUUACAUAUGGUUGUUUCUAGCUCACCUAAAACUGCAUAUGAUGCUUGGAGAAUUAUUGAGGCAUAUUUUCUUGAUAAGACUGCUUCCACGGCUUUUUCUCUAAAAUCUGAAUUGCGGAGCAUCAAGAAAGGCUCAAUGAGCAUGAGUGAUUACAUGCAAAAGAUCAAGACGAUUGGUAAUGCUCUUCAGGCGAUUGGUGAAAUCGAGUCAGACCAUAAUUUGGUCAUGACUGUUCUUCUAGGGCUACCUGAGGAAUAUCGAGGUUUUGUUAGUGCUCUAAACACACACAGAAAUAAGCCAACUUUUGAACAACUUCGUCCACUCUUGAUGCAAGAAGAAACAGAAGUUCAGCGUCGCACUAGUGUGACUACGUCCUCUGCUAUUCCCACUAUUGACAGUGAAGCUCUUUAUGCCAAUCGUGGACGUGGUAAUCGUGGAGGCCGUGGAGGUAGAUAUCGUGGAGGCCGAGGACAACGUGGUAGACACUAUUCUGGUCGUGGAUCUCCUGAAAUCUACCCACAGUCUCAACCUAAUUAUCCUCAACAAUCUUACACUCCAAAUCAACAACCAUAUAUUCCGAAGUCCGGCAUACAAUGUCAGAUAUGUGGAAAGUUCAAUCAUUCUGCUCUUCAGUGCAGACAACGCUUCAAUCAUUCUUUCGCUGCUGAUGAAGUUCCUCAGACCUUUGCUGCUAUGAACCUUCACGAACCCGGUGAGGAAGUCUGGUAUCCGGAUACCGGAGCAUCAAAUCAUAUAACCGCAAACUCUGGACAAGGAAACAGGGAAGGAGCUUCUUCGAUGUCCUAGCUCGGGAACAUCACUUUAUCCAAUUUCUUCUAGACUUGCAAGUGUAGGGAAUAAGCAACAACUAGCUCUUAUUGCAUCUAGAUUUAGUGGAGAUGUCUGGCAUAGACGGUUAGGUCAUCCUAGUCUUCCUGUUCUUUCUACAUUUAUUAAAAAUAAUAAAAUUGUUUCUGAUUC